AUGGGGCAUAAAGAAAACGAAAAAAGAAAAAGAUCAAUAAACACAUCUGAUGAUGACUCCCGUUCUAUAUCGAUAUCUUUAGAUAAAUCAAAAAAAAAAAAAAAUAUUUCAGUUGCAUAUACUUCAAAAGAGCACACCAAUGAGGACAAAAGUAGGAAAAAAAGAAGUAGUGUUAGCAAGCAUCGGAACAAAAACCGAAAAAACCGUAGUGUCUCUUCUGAUAAGAGUGUGACUAGUAGUGAAGAAAGUAGUGGCACAGAGAAUAGCAAAACUUCCAGUAGUGGAGAGAGUAGCGGUACAAAGAAUAGCAAAACCUCGAGUAGUUGUGAAAGUAGCGAUACAAAUAGCAACACAAGUGAAAGUGACAGUGAUAGUGACAGUGGCAGCGAAAGUGAUAGAUCAUCUAGCAAUAGUAGCACAAGUAGUAGUGUGCUUGAGAAAAAAAAAGGAAAAGAAGUAGAAAAGGAAAUAGAUGAUAAUAAGAAAGCAAAAUAUGAGGCUCAUAUUUAUGAUAGUAAGGAAAUGAUAAGAUUAACUAUAAAUUUACUUCAAAAUUAUAAUUUUAUAAAUAAUUUAAAAGUGUUAUAUAAAAAAUUAGAUAAUAAAAAAAAAAUAUCACUUGAAAGUAUCAAAGAUUUAAGAUUAAAAAAAAAACUAAGGCAUUUAUUCAGAGCUUGGAAAUUAGAAAAAAAAGAUGAAUAUUAUAGAAAACCAUCAAGUUUUAAAGAAAGCAUAUAUGAUAUUUUUAGUGGCUUAUAUUAUUAUUUUUUAUCACAAAUAGAUAUAGAAAAAUUGAGAUACAAUAUUAAUAAAAGAAAAUCGGACAUAUUAAAACAAAAAGAGAACAACAAUAAAGAAGUUGAUAAUAUAAAUGCAAAUUAUAAAUACGGGUAUGAUAGUGAUCAAUAUAAUGACAAUGUAAAUUAUUCCCAUAUUAAUCUUUUCAGUGAAGAAGAAAAAGCACAAUAUAUUAAUUAUGUAAAUAGUCAAAAUGAAAAAGUUAAAGGUUUAAGAGAAUUACAUGAAGAAGGGCACUUUAAAAAUAGCAAAGAACAAUAUAAAAAGUUUUUAGAAAAACAUCAAACUGUUGAUUUAUGGGGAAAAAGUGAACAAGAACAAAAAUUUCUACUUAAUUCAAAACAAUCCAAUAAUGAAAGAAAAACAUUUGAUAGAGAAAGAGAUUUAUGUACAAAUAGGUUUAUAAAAAAAGAUAGUUACAACAAAUUAAUAAAAAACACAAAGGAACAUGUAGAUGGAAAAUUUCACAAAACUUCAGAUCAAGUAAUAUAA